AUGUCCCAGCCCGGCUUCAAGGAGGUCGACUUCGGCUCGUCCCCCAAGAAACACACAAUGCACACGCCCCCAGACUCACCGGAGAAGACCACCCACCCCAAGGACUUCCCCAUCCUCCCCAAGAACAAAGAUGGUCCUAGCCCAUCAACCACCGCCAGCCAGGCCUCCUCGGCCAAACAAAGCCAAUCCCAAUCCCCAAGCAGCAGCCGCCGCAACCCCAGCAUGACGCUAAACCUCGAGCACAACCUCGCCAUCCCGAGCUCCCCAAGCCAUGCCACUUCCGGCUCCGGCUCGCACAACACCAUCGAGGUGCCCGCGCUGCGGUCCCCGGAAGCCGAGGUCUCGCAGUUCAUGCACCACCUCUCAUCCUUGCCGUCGACCAAGGAACGUCGCGUGUCCCGCAACUCGUUCGGCGCCGCCCUGCCCAUCCCCAAGAGCAAGCGGCAGAGCCGUCUCAGCAGCGUGACCUACCCCGCCGAGGAGAAGGGUUCCACAGGGUCAGGAAGUAAAGCAGUCGGGGGGACGGGCCUGACGCAGCGGGAUAUCCUCGCGUCGCAGGUGCAGGAUGUGCUGGCGGAUAAAGUCAAGGCGGCCAAGAACAUGGCGUUUGUGUUUGACAUUGACGGCGUGCUGGUUCACGGCGACCGGUUGAUCCCGCAGGGCCAGCAAACUCUGAACAUGCUCAACGGAGAUAACCAACUGGGGAUCAAGAUCCCGCACAUCUUCUUGACCAACGGCUCCGGCAAGCCGGAACUCGCUCGCACCGAGCAGCUCACCCGCAUCUUGGGCAACCACAUCGACACGGAUCAGUUCAUCCAGAGCCACACGCCCAUGCGCGCCCUGGCGGAGUACUACAAGACCGUGCUAGUUGUGGGUGGUGAGGGUUACCGCUGUCGUGACGUCGCCGAGCAGUACGGCUUCGAAGACAUCAUCGUGCCAAACGACAUCGUGGCAUGGGACCCGUCGAUCGCACCUUACCGGGUGUUCACCGACGAGGAGCGCGCAUCCUCGCGCCCGCGGGAUUUCACCAAGACCCAGAUCGACGCAAUCCUCGUGUUCUCAGACUCGCGCGACUACGCGACGGACAUGCAAAUCAUCGUGGACCUGCUGCGGUCCGAGAACGGGCGGUUCGGCACCAUCGCUGCUGAUCCGGUGUCCCAGCGCAUCCCGAUCUACUUCUCCCAGGGUGAUCUGCUGUGCCCGACAGAGCACCCCAUCCCGCGUAUGAGCCAGGGAGCGUUCCGCAUCGGCUUGGAGGCCAUGUACAAAGCGCUGACGGGGGUGGAGUUGGAGCGUGUGGUGUACGGCAAGCCGGAGCUGGCGACGUAUAAGUAUGCGGACGAGGUGAUUGCGUCGUGGAUGGAGGAGCUGCACGGGGAGGAGCGGGUGCCGCAGAAUGUGUACAUGAUCGGUGACAACCCGGCGUCUGAUAUUGUGGGCGGGAAUAUGUACGGGUGGAACACGUGCCUGGUGCGGACGGGCGUGUUUCAGGGCGGGGAGAAUGAUGAGGAGAACCCGGCGAACUUUGGCGUGUUUAAGAAUGUGUGGGAGGCGGUCACCACGGCGUGCAAGAAGGAGUUGGGUGAGGACUUUGUGUUUAAGUGGGAUGAGAAGGUUGUCAACCCGGUAUUACGGGACAGUGCGGGGUCUGCGAUUGAGGUGUAG